CGAGUCCUCACUUCCAAGAAGAUCUCUCCGCGCUGAGCGCAUCCUGCAGAGGGAGAGCGGCUGGAUCCCCCGGGUGUUUGCGCCAUGGGUGCCUGGGGACUCAGCCUGGGGGUCCUGCACUGCCUGGGGGUCUACAUCCAGUUGAGCGCCGGCGAGACACAAAGCACUGCCGAUGCGCUGUUCACAGAGAUACCACAUGAUGUUAGUGCACAUCCAGGGGAGGACGUGGAGAUGGCGUGUUCCUUCAGGGGCAGCGGAGACAUCCCCUACUCACUGGAGAUCCAGUGGUGGUACAUGCGCAGCCAUCGAGACUGGGCAAACAAGGAGACGUGGGCAGAGAACCAGCUAAAAUCACUUCCUGGGAACCCUGAAAAAGGAGCCACAAAAAUAAGCAUUGUGAAAGUGUUUGGUAGCAACAUCUCCCACAAGCUGCGCCUGUCCAGCGUGAAGAUCUCGGAUGAGGGCACAUACGAGUGUCGCGUCUUAGAUUACAGCGAUGGGAAGGGGCGCCAGCACCGGGUCAAAGCUUUCUUGCGCGUGGAGUCUGAGGUGGGCCGCCGCGGCGUGAUCUCCCACCGCCAGCAAGACACAGGCCCUCACCGCCACUUCCCAGGCAAAGAGCUGAAAAAGCGGGCAGCGGUGCCUUGUGAGCAGUGCCAGCUGUAGACUGGUAUGGGAUUGCUGUCCGACCGACAGAUGUGCAAAAGAGUGCACGAGAGGCAUCCCAGAUUGAUCCCAUCUCCUCUCUCACUCGUUCUGGGGUGGAAAAUGGACUGCUAUGACUUUAUACCACCACCCACAUCACUGCAAGAUGCACCCCCCUUUCCUUACUAGGGACCAAUCACAAGAGCCCAAACAGAGGCACAAAGUGAGGUUAAGGGGGGGGCGUAUAUCAGCUAAUGUUUUUGUAGCGGGCCAAUAUAAUUUUCUUCUGCAGAAAGGUUGAAUCCUAAAACCCAGUUUCUCCGAGGGGAUUCGGUAGUUUUAGUCAGCGUUUAACACACAAGACUGUCACUUUCUGUACAAAAGCGCUUCUAUUGUCAUGGAUGGCCAAACUGCAAGCUUCCAGCUAUUGUAGCUAAAUAACAGCUGAAAGGAUGCAGCAUGGACAUCCCAACUUGUAUAUUUUUUAGCACUUGGAAAAAUCUUUACCUAAAAAAGGAGGGAAUAUUUAAUUACUAAUUGCAGGCUCUUAAGACCACCCACCCGUGUUUCCAAAUGUGUCUAAACGUUUGUAUUCUGCACCCACUCAGCCACUGGUAAUUCCAUCUUAUUUAAUGCUAUCUUCUUGGAUUAUAUUACUACUCUCUUCUGUUAAGAUUCUGGGAAAUUCGCUUUGGAUAUUCAUUUAUUCUGCAUUUCUCAUUUGAGCAAAAAA